GUAAAAUAUUAAGUGACCAAACGGUUAGAGCGGCAGUACGAUAGAGAGUAGAAUCGCAGUUAAAAUUGAAAACAUUCAUUUCUUUUGUUUUUUAAAGGAUGAAAACCGCAUUUCAAUUCUUUCUUUUAGUCAUUUUCAGUCUUCUCUGUUUCUCUAUAUAAACACCGUCUGCGUUGCUUAACUCCCAUACGCCUACUACUCUCUCUCUCUCUACUGCCAUUUUCUCUCUCCCAUAAUUCCAAAGAAAGUGAAUUGUAUUUUCAGUUGUUUUCUUCAUAUUAAGCGAAAGAAAACAAUAAUCUGUUUUACCUGUUCUUAGUUUACAAUCUUUUCAUAUUCAGAAAUCGUAAAAUUUCACGAAGAAGAUGAAUAUUGCUCAUUUUAUUUUCGGAGUUUUUGGAAAUGCUACAGCUCUGUUCCUGUUCUUGGCACCUGUCGUGACAUUUAAGAGGAUCAUAAAGAACAAAUCAACUGAGCAAUUCUCUGGAAUUCCCUAUGUGAUGACCUUGCUCAACAACCUCCUUUCAGCUUGGUAUGGACUUCCAUUUGUGUCUCCAAACAACAUACUAGUUACAACAAUCAAUGGAACUGGUGCUGUAAUUGAAAGUGUGUAUGUGUUGAUAUUCCUUCUGUUGGCUCCUAAGAAGGAGAAACUCAAGAUUGGAGGCCUCCUUGCCCUUGUUCUCUCCAUUUUCGCAGCCGUUGCGCUUGUUUCUGUUCUUGCUCUUCAUGGUAAUAACAGGAAGAUUUUCUGUGGAGUUGCUGCUAGUGUUUUCUCUAUCAUUAUGUAUGGCUCUCCUCUCUCUAUCAUGAGAUUGGUGAUAAGGACAAAGAGUGUGGAGUAUAUGCCCUUCUUACUAUCACUCUUCUGCUUCCUGUGUGGUACUUCCUGGUUUAUUUUCGGACUCAUCGGCCGUGAUCCUUUUGUUGCUGUACCCAAUGGGUUUGGAUCAGCAUUGGGAGCAAUGCAGUUGAUUCUUUACUUCAUUUACUAUGACAAGAAACCUGAAAAUAAGAAGACAACAAGUGAUAAUAAUGUUGAAUUGGGCCUGAAUGGGAAUAUGAAGAACCACAAUGGAGCCCAAGAUGUAAAGCCCAACUCUCAGCCUACUUUAAAUGGACAUGCUUAAAAUUCCUUCUACGUGUCACAAUCAGUUUGCCACGUGGUAGCUCCUGCAUUUUUUUUUAUUUUUUGUUUUUUCUUAGUCCUCCCUCAAGGGCAAGUGUAACCAAGUUGUGGGCUGGUAAUCUUCUCAACAAAUGAAUAUAAAUGCGAUUCCUAGUUUUUUAAUGGAUACUAAGUUUGUAUACAUUUUUCAUGACUAGUUAUGGGUCACCAAACCUGUUAUCAAAAUGUGGUUGUAGACCAUAUAUGUCCACACAAAGGUUGCAUCGCAAUUUUAAACAUGGGUGACAAUUGGCAAUCAAUCGAUAAUAAAUAAUUAAUUGCAACAAUUCGACUUACCGUUGAUUGAG